AUGAUUGCCACGAAACAGGGGAAAGAGGAGAAACCCCAUAAGCCGACUCAUUUACAUGAUAUCAGUGAGAUUCUACCUCACCUCUUUGUUUCAGGCUAUGGGUGUAUCACGGAGGCAAAGUUGAAACAAUUCGGCAUCACGCACGUCAUCGAUGCGACAAAUCUCGGAUUGAUAGGGAAAAAAUUGAAAACUGUCGAAGUGCUUGAGGUGCCCGUGGCAGACGAUGUGCUGGCGAAAUUGAAUCAACAUUUCGAUGCAGUCAAUCAGUUCGUUGAUGGCGCCAAGGAAAAGGAACGCGAGGUGCAAACCCGUCUUGCCUCCGUUGAGGAAGAGCUCCGUGACACUCAGAAGAAGAUGGUUCAAACUGAGAACAAUUUGGACGAAAUCCAAGAGAAACUCGCCAAUGUCACCACCCAAUUGGAGGAGAAAGACAAGAAGGCUGCUGAAGCUGAGGCCGAGGUCGCUUCGAUCAAUCGCCGUAUCGUUCUCGUUGAAGAAGAGCUCCAAAGAACCGAGGAACGCCUCAAGGUUGCCACCGAGAAACUCGAAGAGGCCACUUCUCAAAUCGAUGACACUGAGAGAGCUCGUCGCGAGAUGGAAGCACGAUCAUUCCAAGUUGAAGAGAAGGCCAAUUCUGUUGAGGAACAACUCAAGGAAGCCCAAGCCCUCGCCGAGGAGGCCGACCGAAAAUACGAUGAAGUUGCCCGUAAACUUGCCAUGGUUGAGGCUGAUCUCGAGAGAGCUGAGGAAAGGGCUGAAGCCGGAGAGAACAAGAUCGUCGAACUUGAGGAGGAGUUGCGAGUGGUGGGAAACAACUUGAAAUCACUGGAAGUUUCCGAGGAAAAGGCAAUGCAAAGAGAAGACGCAUUCCAGGAGCAAAUCCGUACCGUCACACAGAGGCUCAAAGAGGCUGAGACUCGUGCCGAGUUCGCCGAGCGAUCGGUGCAAAAACUCCAGAAAGAGGUGGAUCGUCUCGAGGAUGAGCUCGUCCACGAGAAAGAGAGAUAUGCCGCCAUCUCCGAUGAGCUCGAUGACACCUUCCAGGAGCUCUCCGGCUAC